AUGAAGCCUCUCCUCAUUGCGUUUGUCUUUCUCUUCUUUUGGGACUCAACGCUGGCAGGCUUGAAUCCAUUGUCAUCAGAAAUGUACAAGAAAUGCUAUGGAAACGGCAUCUGCAGACUUGAGUGCUAUGGAAGUGAAAUGUUAGUUGCCUACUGUAUGUUUCAGCUGGAGUGCUGUAUCAAAGGAAACCCUGGGCCCUGACAUGAGAAGCCAGUGAAUGCCAAUAAACUUGAAAGUCCU